AUGGUUACAGUCAGUGUGUUUUCUGAGAGGGCUAGUUUGACCCACCAAUUAGGGGAAUUCAUCGUCAAGAAACAAGAUGAAGCGCUGCAAAAGAAAUCAGACUUUAAAGUUUCCGUUAGCGGUGGUUCUUUGAUCGAUGCUCUGUACGAAGGUUUAGUAGCAGACAAGUCAUUAUCUCCUAGAAUUCAAUGGCCCAAAUGGCAAAUCUACUUCUCCGAUGAAAGAAUUGUGCCAUUAACAGAUGCCGAUAGUAAUUAUGGCACCUUUAAGAAGACCGUUCUGGAUAGAUUACCCUCUACUAAUCAGCCAAACACUUAUCCUAUGGACGAAUCCUUGGUUGGCAGCGAUGACGCUGAAUCUAAAAACAAAAUUGCUGCAGAGUACGAGCAAAUCGUACCACAAUCUUUCGAUUUGGUACUAUUGGGCUGUGGUCCUGACGGACACACCUGUUCUUUGUUCCCCGGCGAAAAACAUAGGUACUUGCUAAACGAAACAACCAAGAGAGUCGCUUGGUGUCACGAUUCUCCCAAACCCCCAAGUGACAGAAUUACUUUUACUUUACCUGUGCUUAAAGACGCCAAAGCCCUAUGUUUCGUGGCAGAGGGCAGCUCCAAACAAGAUAUAAUGCAUGAGAUUUUUGAUUUGAAAAAUAACCAAUUGCCAACUGUAUUGGUUAACAAACUAUUUGGCGAAAAAACAUCUUGGUUUGUUAAUGAGGAAGCUUUUGGAAAAGUUCAAACGAAAUCUUUUUAA